AAGCUAUGGCGUCGUCCAAGUGGCGUCAAUUCCACCUCAACUAUUUGCUUUUCCUAGUCGAUAUUCAGACUGCCACGCCAACCCUGCGUCUUCAACAAUGGCGAUUCCCAAGCUCGAUUACCCCAUACUCUGCUCGUCUGUGAUGCCUCCCAACACUUCAUUUACUGCCAAACCGCGCUUAUCCAACAAAUUCUCUAAUCCCCGUGGCCGUGUGGUUUCUGUGUACUCUGCGUCGACGCGUAAUGCCUUCUCUGUGUCUAGUUCUCUUCGGACUCGCUUCUCAGUUGACGACAUUGAAGUCGGUGAAAGUGCCGCCGUGCCCCAACACUGUGAAAUUAAAACUAGCACAUGGAAAUGGAGGGGCUAUUCUAUCCGAUACCAGUAUUCUGGAAUCAGUGGGCCUGCCAUGGUGUUGGUUCACGGUUUUGGAGCAAACAGUGAGCACUGGAGGAAGAAUAUGCCUGUACUUGGGCAGGGACACAGAGUGUAUGCAAUCGAUCUUAUUGGUUAUGGUUAUUCAGACAAACCUAAUCCCCAAAAUCUUAACAUAAAGUCCUUUUAUACAUUUGAGACAUGGGCAAGCCAACUAAAUGAUUUCUGUAUGGAAAUUGUUAAGGAUAAAGCUUUCUUUAUCUGCAAUUCCAUAGGAGGACUUGUAGGUCUCCAGGCUGCAGUCAUGAACCCCGAAAUCUGUAAGGGUAUAAUACUAUUGAAUAUAUCCCUCCGUAUGUUGCACAUAAAGAAACAGCCUUGGUAUGGAAAACCUCUGAUAAAAUCCUUUCAGAGUUUGCUAAGAAACACAUCUCUGGGUAAAUUCUUUUUCAAAACUGUUGCCACACCAGAGUCAGUCCGGAAUAUUCUUUGUCAGUGUUAUCACGACACAUCCCAGGUUACGGAAGAAUUAGUUAAGAUAAUUCUGAAUCCUGGACUUGUCGAUGGCGCUGCAGAUGUGUUUCUUGAAUUCAUUUGCUACUCAGAAGGACCUCUUCCAGAAGAACUGAUUCCUCUAGUGAAAUGCCCUGUAUUGGUGGCUUGGGGCGACAAGGAUCCUUGGGAGCCAAUAGAUCUUGGGAAAGCUUUUGCAAAGUUUGAUACUGUCGAAGAUUUUGUCGUGUUACCAAAUGUUGGCCACUGUCCUCAGGAUGAGGCCCCGCAUCUUGUGAACCCACUGAUCGCGGCAUUUGUGGCUCAACAUGCGCCGCCAGCUCCUCAACUAUCCCCUGCAUCUUCCUCUUCGUCAGCAUCAUGAAUACUGGUAACCUUUCUAGAUGAUGCUCAGGCAAAUAUUUCAUUUGUAUGUGUAAUAUAUAUAUAUAUAUAUAUAUAUUUAUAUUGUCAAAUUUAGUGAAUAAAUUGGAUUUUGCCACCCAGGCUGGGAUUAUUUCCCCACUUUUUUUGGUUUAAUUAUGAUUAUGUCCACGGAAAUUAGAAGCAAGAAAUGAUUUCCUUCAUGUUAAUGGCAAUGUUUUAUAGUUAUGAAUUAUAUUUA